CCCCGGCCCCGCCCCCGACGUCGGUCUCCUUGGUGAAGGUGGAAGGAAGAUGGCGGCGGCGGCGGCGGAGAAGACGCGGAGCCGCGGAUCCCCGAAGGCCAUCAAGUUCCUCUUCGGCGGCCUGGCGGGGAUGGGAGCCACGUUCUUCGUUCAACCGCUGGACCUGGUGAAAAACCGGAUGCAGCUGAGCGGGCAAGGAGGUCGGGCGAAGGAGUACAAGACCAGCUUCCACGCCGUCACCACCAUCCUGAAGGCCGAGGGGAUCGGGGGGAUCUACACCGGUCUCUCCGCGGGCUUGCUGCGCCAGGCCACCUACACCACCACCCGCCUGGGAAUCUACACCAUCCUCUUCGAGAAGCUGACCAAGGCUGACGGCACGCCGCCCAACUUCUUCAUGAAAGCUGGCAUCGGCAUGACGGCGGGCGCGAUCGGCGCCUUCGUGGGGACGCCCGCCGAGGUAUCGCUGAUCAGGAUGACUGCCGACGGCAGGAUGCCCGCAGACCAGCGGCGGGGUUACACCAACGUGUUUAACGCGCUUUUACGCAUGACCCGAGAAGAGGGCCUCGUCACCCUCUGGCGGGGUUGCGUCCCGACGAUGGCUCGCGCGGUGGUGGUGAACGCAGCCCAGCUGUCCUCUUACUCCCAGUCCAAGCAGUUCCUCCUGAGCCUCAGUUACUUCAACGAUAACAUCCUCUGCCACUUCUGCGCCAGUAUGAUCAGCGGGCUAGUGACCACAGCUGCCUCCAUGCCGGUCGACAUCGCCAAAACCAGAAUUCAAAAUAUGCGGAUAAUCGAUGGCAAACCAGAAUACAGGAACGGACUGGACGUUCUCCUGAGGGUCACCCGGCAAGAGGGGUUCUUCAGCCUUUGGAAGGGCUUCACGCCGUACUACGCCCGCCUGGGCCCGCAUACGGUGCUCACCUUCAUCUUUCUGGAGCAGAUGAACAAAUAUUACAAGCUCUACUUCCUGGAUCAAUAAAAUGGGCGUGAGACCGCCACACUCUUCACCCUACCUCUGGGGUUAGCGACACACGGGUGCCCGAGGCAGGGAGCAGAUUGGAGUCAAUCACUACAGUGUGUGGACACUUAUGUAAGUGUAUGUGGAGCAGCCCCAGUCACGCCACUGUGGGAGGGGACAGAUCCACCAACGAAUAUGCAAUGGCGAGAAUGUCAGAAGUAAGGCAGUGUAUGUAUGUAGGAAGGAACUGCAGGUGCUGGUUUGCGAAGACAGGCGCAUAAAUGCUGGAGUAACUCAGCGGGAGAGGCAGCAUCUCUGGAGGGAAGGAAUGGGUGAUGUUUCGGGUCUGAAGAAGGGCCUUGACCCGAAACGUCGCCUGUUCCUUCUCUCCAGAGUCACUCCAGCAUUUUGUGUCUUAUCUCCGUAAACCAGCAGGAAGUGGUUCACUCUGGUGUCUCUGGUGGCCUGGGCCCUCGUAAGUUCUAGGGGGAGAAUCCGUCACCGGCUUCUGUUCUUUUUUUUUU